AUGGACAACAAACCACCCUUCACUUACCCAGCAUUAUACGACUUCCCGCCUUUCUUCACAAAACAACCAAACUCCCAGACCUGGCAGUCGCAGCUUUCCAACUGGGUCAAGCUUCUACUGGCAUACUGCAAACACAAUAGAAUAUGGAUUUUGUCUCCGGAUGGAACCCCGCUAACUGCAACAUCCAAUGAUGAUGAUUCAGACAACGAGGAGUUUGUUCCCAGCACGGAGUCAAUAUUCAACAACGAGAAAAUACAGAGGUCCAUCAAGCCGGAUAUGAGUCUGGAGAUCCUCAACACCAUGGUUUCACAGGGUAAGGCUAAAUGGAAGGAUCCUAAGAAUCAUAAGAUGGGAAUCUACAUAUACUGGUACAGUCUUGAAGCGUGGGCUGAUAUGAUAUAUGAUUGGAUCGAGAACACCGGACAACAGAACUCGGUUCUGACAAUUUACGAAAUUCGAAAGGGAGAAUUAGGUCAUAACCAGGAGUUUCAUAACAUGGACAUGGACAUGUUUAUCUCUGUGCUGGAGCUCAUGGUCAAGAAAGGGCAGGCCCAACUGAUAAGGGACGAGGAUGGAUCAAUUGCGGGCAUCAAGGUUGUGUAA